CUAUUUUCUCUUUCUCUAAACUCUUUUGUAAACCCCCCUUCAUUUCUCUCUUUGCUCUUUGGGCCUCUUCCUAGAUAUCCUUCACAGACAUCUCCUCCUUUUUUUUUUAUCAAAAAAAAAAAAGGAAGGAAGAGGUUCUCCUGUCUUGUUAAACAUCUGUCUGUCUCUUUUCCUUGCAAAUCUCCCCCAAUGGGGAACUGUUGUUCCCAGGAGAGUACUGCUGAACCAACUAAUGAUGCUGCUGGAGAGAUCAAGGAGGAAUCCAGCCAGGGUGAUAAAUCAAAUGGUGGUGGCGGCAAUGCAGCCUCCACCCCAGCUAAGGCGACCACUCCCCCUAAUGCCUCUCCGAAACCUUCCAAGGCUCACCCGAUAGGUCCCGUCUUGGGGCGGCCUAUGGAAGAUGUCAGGAGCACAUACACCAUUGGGAAAGAGCUUGGAAGGGGACAAUUUGGUGUCACCCAUUUGUGUACUCAUAAACAAACUGGAGAACAAUUUGCUUGUAAAACUAUUGCCAAGCGAAAGCUUGUUAAUAAGGAGGACAUUGAGGAUGUUAGGAGGGAGGUUCAAAUUAUGCAUCAUUUAACAGGACAGCCUAAUAUUGUGGAGCUCAAGGGUGCUUUUGAAGACAAGCAUUCUGUUCAUUUGGUGAUGGAAUUGUGUGCAGGAGGCGAGCUUUUUGAUCGUAUCAUCGCCAAGGGACAUUAUACCGAGAGGGCAGCAGCUUCUUUGUUGCGAACCAUUGUUCAGAUUGUUCAUACUUGUCAUCAGAUGGGAGUCAUUCACAGAGAUCUCAAGCCCGAAAACUUCCUUCUUUUGAACAAGGAUGAGAAUUCGCCUCUCAAAGCUACCGACUUUGGUCUCUCAGUUUUUUACAAGCAAGGUGAACAAUUCAAGGACAUUGUUGGCAGUGCCUAUUAUAUUGCACCAGAAGUGCUCAAGAGAAAUUAUGGACCAGAAGUUGAUAUCUGGAGCAUCGGGGUCAUGCUAUACAUUCUUCUAUGCGGUGUUCCUCCAUUCUGGGCAGAAUCGGAGCAUGGAAUUUUCAAUGCAAUCUUGCGCGGACAUGUUGAUUUUUCAUGCGAUCCAUGGCCUGCAAUUUCACCUCAAGCAAAGGAUCUCGUUAAGAAGAUGUUGACCACUGAUCCCAAGCAGAGGCUAACUGCAAUCCAAGUUCUUUCUCAUCCAUGGAUUAAGGAGGAUGGCGAAGCACCUGAUACCCCGCUUGACAAUGCUGUUCUUGACAGGUUGAAACAAUUCAGAGCGAUGAAUAAUUUCAAGAAAGUUGCCCUUCGGGUUAUUGCAGGUUGCCUCUCGGAGGAAGAGAUCAUGGGACUGAAGCAGAUGUUCAAAGGUAUGGAUUCAGACAACAGUGGCACAAUCACCCUCGAGGAAUUGAAGCUGGGCCUGGCCAAGCAAGGAACAAAACUAUCUGAAUUUGAAGUCCAACAGUUGAUGGAAGCUGCUGAUGCAGAUGGAAACGGAACCAUUGAUUAUGAUGAGUUCAUUACAGCAACAAUGCAUAUGAAUAGAAUGGACAGAGAAGAGCAUCUCUUCACUGCAUUCCAGUACUUCGAUAAAGAUAACAGUGGGUAUAUCACCAUGGAAGAACUAGAGCAAGCUCUCCGUGAAUAUGGCAUGUCUAACGACAAGGAUAUAAAGGAAAUCAUCUCCGACGUCGAUGCAGAUAACGAUGGUCGCAUAAACUACGAAGAAUUUGUAGCCAUGAUGAGAAAGGGGCAGCCAGAAGCUGCAGCAAACCUGAAGAAACGCCGCCAAUCAUUUGACGCGAACAAGCUCUAAUUUUAAUUUCCGAUAUAGCCAUGUGAAGUUAUGUGCAUGGGAUUCGAAUGUAGGAGUCGUGUCGUAAAUUUGUGGCGAGGCAUCCAAAGAGCAACGUAAUAUCUGAUAGGGGGUAUGAUGGAGUUGGUUGAAUAUUGUUGAUGGUUAGCCGAUGAAAAGUAAUUCCAGACUACUAUUUAUCUAAUGCUAGAAACACUAUAACUCAAGUCAUUUUUAUCCCUUUUUAUGUCCUCAUCAUCAUUCUAUGUAUAAUUCUGAGCAGCAUUAUCACCUUCUAUCUGUGUUUCUGCUUGUGGUAUUCAUACCUCCAAGCUAAACACUAGUACCACCUUUUUCUUUUCAUACCACAUUUGUCACUUUUUAUCAUUUUACUUUAAUCCAUAUCAUUCAACUUAUUUAUCACUGAUAAUCAUUUAAAUUAC